UCUGUCUGUCUGGUUGUUCUGUCACUCUGACGGUUUGUUCAGCUUUUUGUCAUGGGCUCUUGUUCGUCUUAGUCGUUUUCUGGACUGUCAGAGAGAAGAAGGACAACAAGUGAGGAGAUUGACUAACUGUCUUUGCCAAUGCUGUCUACCUACCCAGGAAAAGUUAACAUUAUGGCAGAAUGACUGUUUUCGACAGCACAUCUAAGCUAUCUCCAAGUUUAGCUCACCUUAUUACUUUAAAAUGAGCAUUGGGCUUUACAGCUCUCCACCGUCUGUUAUGGAGACCAUGGAGCCACACAGCACCACAUCUCAGAUGCAGGCUGAAGAGUGUCAGCGACGCUUUCAGGCAGCUGUGGAUGUCAUUCAAAACCUGCCCAAAAAUGGUUCCUAUAGACCUUCCUAUGAAGUGAUGCUGCGCUUCUAUGGUCUGUACAAACAGGCCAUGUGUGGCCCAUGCAGUGUGUCCCGGCCUGGUUUCUGGGACCCUGUUGGUCGCUACAAAUGGGAUGCCUGGAGCCAGCUUGGAGACAUGAGUCGUGAGAAUGCCAUGUCUGCCUAUGUUGAUGAGAUGAAAAAAGUUGCACAGGAGGUUAUAGACAAUAUGCCCAUAAAUGAGAAGACGGCCUCCUUUUACCACUACUUUGAGCCACUGUACCAUGUCAUUCAUGAUAUGCCUAGACCUCCUGAGGCAUUGCUAAGUCUAAGACCAGAUAUAAAUGCUAAUGAAGCAAGCCCUGAUCCAGCCAAGGUGGUGGAUGAUGCUUUGCAAGAGGAAACAUCCCAAAAGGAGGUGCAAGAGCAUGAACUGGAACUUGUCUAUAACAGUGACCCUCACUGUGAAAGCCCAGGUCUGGCUCCUUCAGAGGUUCCCGUGUUAACUAGUGACUCAGAAAGUGAAAUCUUCUGUGAUUCAGUGGAGCAGCUGGACAGCGUUAGGCCUGCUGCUGGGCUCAUGGGGCCCUCUGGUGUCCGUGGACAGGACUACACACCCAUCUCUCAGGUGACCCAGGUGGGUGCCGGGCAGGGUGGAGAGGGGUCUGGGAAUGGGCAUGACUCAUCAAUAAGGAGGAGAGACCCAGGAAGAGAGGGAAUGAGGCAAGGAUGGAGAGAGCCUCCUGGGGGUUUUUCUUAUGGCAGUGGCAGGCGAGCGGGCCGGCCGCCCUCAGGCCCGGGAGGAGGAGGAGGAGGAGGGGGAGACGAUACUGAUGGAGGUGCUGAUAGACUUCAGGACGUUCAGGUGCAGCAGCAGAUCGUGCUGGCUCUGCGCAGACUCAGAGAGGACAUGCAGAGCGUGAUGGAGAGGCUGGAGGUGGUUGAGGGACUGGCUGCAGCUAUUGCCCAGAAUUCACAGUGGAGAUCUCAUAUGCAGUUAACAGCUCAAAAAACUGAGGUGGAGAAAUGGUGGCCAUUUGAUGUCUCUGGCCGAACGCUGCUUCUCUUGUUGGUCUGGCCUUUCAUUGCCCAGGGAAUGGUUUACUUGCUCAGACGGAGGAAGAAAAAGCCUCACAUAUGUUCACUAUGAAUCAGCCUUGAACAAAGAAGACUGCAUCCUUGAUCCUGAAUGAUCAAUAUAGUGUUUUUAAUUGUGAGCUAAAGGUAAUGGGGAAAGUGCUGCAAUAGAGUUCUAAUCUUGCAUGAGUCUGAUAUGAGGAAAGCUAAUAUAAAUGUGAAUAAGUAUUUUUUUUAUAUGUAUUUACUUGCAGAAAGAAAAGGAUGGUUAAUAUUGGAAUAUUUCCGGUUCAUUUCAGAAUUGUAUGACUGUCAUGUUUAAAAAAGGUAGCAUAUACAAAUCUGUGAAUCAACAAUCAAAACCACAUUCAAUUACAGAUGAUAUUAGUAUCAUCAGGAAUGUUGGUAUUAGUUUGUUGAAUUUUUCUGUACAACAGCCCUGGUAACAGAUUUUUAUAAAAUUGUUGGGCUUAAAUUUCUGGGAGAAUGUGAAUGUAACCUGAAUGAUUGAGAGCUUCUAAUGAAGGCCUUAAAUGAAUGCUUCACAUCUGUCCUCUGAUGUUGAUUAUUACCAGAUGUUUGGUGUCUGAAGUUUGCUUUUUGGCUAAAAUAAGUUAUUUGUACUAUUUAGAGGGGUCCGGUUUAAUUGGGGAGGUGGCACAAUGUUUUUUUUUUUUUUUUUUUUUUUUUUUUUUAGUCCCAUCUUCCCAUCAUUUUUUAAUAGGAUUCUGACAUGCAGGAAAACAACUUUUUAAGUAUGCAGACACUAGAAAGAACAUUUGCUUGUAACAGUUGUUAACAAUAUGAUUCAAAUGGAUUUUUCCCUGAAUAAGCACUUCAGACAAAUGCCUUCUGCUGACUAUGGUCUGGAUAAACAUUUCGAUUAUUGUGCACUAUUUCCAAAAAACAGUUAUCUAAAGAAACUACUACUACUUUUGAGUUUACCACAACUUGUUUGACAAUCAUUUACCAAUGCUUUACUGUGUUUAUGACUGAUUUAAUUAGACACAAAUAGAUAGAAAUGCUAAUAAAUCAUAUAAUACUGCUG